UCUCACUUUCAACUUUAAUUUCCACUCAGUGUCUCCCUCAAGUCUCAAAGUCUCAAAGUCUCAACUCUCAACCCAAUCCAAGGCACGAUCGAGCUGAAGUUCGAUAUGGGAAGAGGAAGAGUAGAGCUUAAGAGGAUUGAGAAAACAACAAAUAGGCAAGUAACCUUCUUUAAACGACGAAAUGGGCUCCUGAAGAAAGCUUUCGAGCUCUCCAUCCUUUGUGACGCCGAAGUCGCCCUUAUCAUCUUCUCCCCUACUGGCAAGCUUUACCAGUUUGCCAAUCCCGACAUGGACAGGAUACUCGCGCGCUAUCGCUAUGAAGUCAGAAUGGCUCAGCCUGAGACCAAUAAUCAGACAUCAAGAACAGCACAGUUCUGGAGAGAAGAAAUCGAGGACUUGAGGAAAUCGAUACAGACCUUGGAGGCAAGGCACAGGCAUCUUGCUGGGGAAGAUAUCUCGUUAUUGGGCAUAAAAGAGUUACAAGAACUUGAGAGACAGUUGAAGAUUGGGGUUGAACGCAUCCGCUCCAGAAAGAGACGUGCAAUUUCGGAAAGCAUCAACUUAUUGAAGACAAGGCAGAAAGCAUUGCAAAAUGACAAUGCUCGUCUCCAAAGACAGUUGCAUGUCGAGAAUUCAAUUUCCAGCUUCUGGGAAGGAAGGAGUAAUGCAUGCCUUACAUUUCAAAGCAGCAGGCCUGGUCAGGAUGAAGCCGAUCCCUAAUUGUAAUAACUAAUAAGAGAGGCACAAGCAAUAUACAAUGUUGCUGAGUUGCUUUCACCUAUCUUGGAAUUCUAUAGUCAUGGGUAAAUUCUGUAUGUUUGGAAACACAAGUAUAUAUCUCUCUACCUUGUAUGAAUGGAUAUGUUUUUAUACUUGAGUAAUAUGGAUGUGCUACUAGCUAGUAUAUACCUUAGUA